AUGAGCGACGAACAAAUUCCUUUCGAAGGCGGACGCUUCCCCGGUGGACAAGGUGGCGAAGACCGUCCCAUUCAUCUUGGACCAGGUCCCGUCCAAACCUCUGGUCAAGGUGAUCAAGGUGAUGAUCAAGAUGGUAUAUUGAAUGACAACGGGGCCAAUGGUGGGAGGAGGGAACCUGGUGAAGGAGGUGUUUUUGGGGAUGGGACCGGUGUAUUAGGUCACGGUGGACAAGGUGGGGUCCAAUCUGGAGGUGGCGGUGGUGUAUUAGGUCACGGUGGACAAGGUGGGAUCCAAUCUGGAGGUGGCGGUGGUGUAUUAGGUCACGGUGGACAAGGUGGGAUCCAACCUGGAGGUGGCGGUGGUGUAUUGGGUCACGGUGGACAAGAAGUUAUUCAACCUGGUGGACCUGAGAUUCCAGUCAAGGGAGGACCUUUCGGUGGUUUCCCCGGUCCUCAAGGUGGAGAAAUUCCUCCAGGACAAGCACUACGUGUUCUGACAUGGUUAGAAGUCAAGUAUCAUCGACAAGCACAAGUAGAAAUUGAAGUGUAA